AUGCAACAAUUGUCUGCAGCCAGAGAGCGAAGGCGACACAAGCAGCAGACAGUGGACUUUGAUAACGAGAUCCCUCCUGUGCCGCCACUUCGCUUAAACCAGCCAGACACCUUCUCUGUCAACUCUAUCUCCAGCUCUCAUGUUGAAGAACUGCAGAGCAAGAAUGAGGAGCGUCUGAGGAGACUGAAAAAGCUUCAGAAAAGCACAGUGAGCAUAGACGAAGAUCCUGAUGAAUUUGAAAAUGCAGAUGACAUCCUUAAACGUUACCCUACAAAGUUUAGUGACAGACCGCAAUCUGUGGACACAGUGGCAACAGAGCCAUGGAUGCGCCCUGGCACAUCAGAGACACUUAAGAGGUUUAUGGCUGGUCAGAUGAACCAGGAACAAGCAACCAGUGAAAAUGCCUUAACCUUCAACUGGCAGGGCCUGUCUACUGCUCACGGGUGA